AUGUCUCUGACCUUCACUCCAGAUCGUUUCGACACUCAAGUGAACCGUCUCUUUAGCGACUUUUUCAGAGACUUCAAUGUUGGUCGUGUGGGCGAUACCGGACCUACUAAAUGGAGACCACUUAUCGACGUUCACGAGACUGAUAAGGAGUAUGUUGUAAACGCUGAGCUUCCGGGCUUGAAGAAGGAGGAAAUCAAUCUGGAUCUCCAUGACAACGCCUUGACAAUUUCCGGAGAGACUAAACAAGAUAACAAAUACAAAGAGGGCAAUACGUAUGUCCAAGAACGUCGUUAUGGUAACUUUUCUCGUACCAUUGCUCUACCCAAUAAUAUCAAAGCCGAUGCAGUUUCUGCGAAAUUCAACGAUGGUGUGUUGGAAGUCGUCAUUCCCAAGGCGGAACAUGCCCAACCCAAGAAAGUUACCAUUCAGUAA